CGGGCCAAGGCUUGAGCGGCGAUGGGAAGGCGGCGUCCGGAAGCGUUGGUGCCCGGGGCGUGCUGCCUUUGUUUUACCGGCUCCCCCUGAGCCAGGGAGCCGAGCUCAGGGUCCGCUGCGUGAUGUGUUUAUGCUGCAGCAGUGCCACUGUACGAUGGUCAUACACUGACUUACGGUCACACAGGAAGCAUCUGACAGAAUCUUGAUAUCUUCUGGUAAUGAACAGAGGGAGUGUUGCUGAUUUCAAAAUUUUUCUAUGGAGUUGAGUAAGCAUUCUACAACAGCCGUGAUAGAGACACUCCCAGGACACCAAGAGAAAUACGGAGAGAAGAGAAAAUACUUGGUGGUCAAGAGGAGUACUUGUGAAUAAAGAAAAGGAAUCUUAUGUUCUUGGGGAAGCCCAUAACACAUGACCAGAGAUGGCACCUAAACCACUUGGGAAGUGGGAAAAGUAUGGAAAAAGAUACUGUCGAGAUUGGGAAAGGGAAACUGGAUUAAAAGAAUGGAUUCGAAGUGUACCAGGAGAUGACACAAAGGCAGCGUGCAAAUAUUGCGCAUGUGAAAUCAGAGCCCAUCAUAGUGAUUUGGUUGCACACAGUAAAACCAAAAAGCACAAGAGACAUGUUGCUUUAUUUUCAUGUUCUUCUGAUAUGAAAAAACAUUCAUUUGAAUUUGAAGUUGAAAACCAAAAUUCAUUUGACGAUGAUAUCACGCAAGCCAAAAUGGAUCAAUCUGUUAAUGUGUGUGCACUGAAGCUAGCGGCACACAUAGCUUGCCAUAUGAGCAUUUUUACAGUGGAUCACCUAGGGUGCAUUGUUGGAGGGAUAGCAGAGAAGGACAUUAGUCUGCAUAGAACAAAAUGCUCCACACUGAUUAGAAAUGUCAUUGGUCCUACUGUACACGAAGAACUUCUGAGAGACAUUGGCAAUGGACACUACUCGUUGAUCAUUGAUGAAAGUACAGAUGUAUCAGCACAAAGGCAACUUUGCUUGAUAGUAAGAUACUUUAGCAACAAGCUUAAAUGUAUUGUAUCAUCCUUUGCAGGGAUCAUUAACUUGACUAGAAGUGGUACUAUCACAGAAGCCCUCUUGACAUUUCUAAAUGACAACAAGCUGAACAUAAAAAAAUGUGUUGGGAUUGCUGCUGAUGGUUUCAAUACAAGCUUAUGUGGAAAUAAAAAUUCAUUGCUCAAAAAGUUUUAUGAACUCAAUCCUUGUGGGGUUUUCAUCAAAUAUGUAAGUUACUCUCUCUAUUUGUGCUCUUCAAAAGCCAUUGAUGUGCUUCCAUUGAACAUAGAGUAUAUGGUUUCACGGACGUACUUGUGGUUUUCCCAUAGCACUUUCCACCAGAAGAGGUACCAUGAACUAUAUGCUGCCAUCAGUGUUGGAGAGAAUUUCCUGAAAAUACUGCAGCUUACUGAGACAAGAUGGCUGUCCAUUAGCCCUUGUAUUAACAGAGUACUUGAUCAGUAUGAAUCUCUGAUGUUGCACUUUCAGUCUAUAAGAGACAAUGAAAGGGACUACAGUGCUGAGCUUCUCUAUCAAAUGUAUUCUGAUCCAGUAAAUAGACUCUAUCUUGUUUUUCUGCAGCCUCUUAUUCAGGAAGCUAAUAGGAUCAACAAGUUAUUUCAAUUUGAAACAGUUAAUCCAGUUAACCUUAUUGCUGAAUUAAUGCUGUUCUAUCAGAAUUUGGUGCAAAGAGUCAUGAAACCUUGUGUCUUUACAACAUGGUCAUCCAUUGUAAAUUAUGACAUUCACUGUAACAGGAACUACAUGCCUCUUUCAGAGGUUAACUUUGGAUCACCGUUCUUGUCUGAAUUAAUAAAUGCAAAUCUUUCCUCACAUACAGUAGAGACCAUCCAAAGCAGAUGUCGAGAUUGUAUCCUUGAGUUUGCUAAGCAAAUAAAGCUCCGACUGCCUCCAAAUGUCCAUCAUCUAGAAUCUCUCAGUGCUCUGAGCCCUUCAGUUGUUCUAAGUCCUACAAAACCUGAAUUCUCAACCCUGUCUUUUUUGUCCUUAUGUAGAGGGGAUCAUAUCAAGUUGAAACAGCAAUGGAAAAAUCUGGAUGCAGUCUCAUGGACAAACACAGAAGAUAACCAAAUAGAACAGUUUUGGAUAGAAGUUGCAAAACACACAGAUGAAGUUGGUGAUAAGGAUUUUGUUGAGCUAGGAUUAUUUGCCCUUGCCCUUCUCACCUUGCCCUUCAGCACUGCAGCUGUGGAGUGUACAAUCUCACAAAUGAACUUGAUAAAAACCAAGUUAAAGAACAGACUGCAGGACAGCCUACUUGAAAAUAUCUUAAGGAUUAGGGCCUAUAUGCACCGAAAUAAGAUUUGCUGCAACCAGUUUCAACCAUCCAAAGAGAUGAUAUCUUUGUUUAAUAAUGAGUUUUAUGCAAUUGCUAAUGGCAAGGACACUACAGAUGACUCUGAGGAGGAUAUCUUUUGAAAAGACUCAAGUGAAGAGGAUCUCUUUUAAAAAAAGUAAGCAAGGAUUUUCAAAAUGGCUCAUUGCAAUUGAACUAUUUGACUCAUGCAUUUCAAAUUUUGUUCUAUCUACAAAUCUGUUUUCCCAUUCAUUUAGUAAGAACUACUUUUCAUAGAGGAAGAUACAUUGCAUAAAGCCACACAACCCUUUUUAGAAAAGGAUUUUUGAAAAAAACUAAAGUAAAAUUAAUGAGGCAUGCUCUAAUACAGGGGUCGGCAACCUGCGGCACGUGUGCCAAACACAGCACGCACGCCGAU